GAUCAGGUAUACCUCUGGCCUUCAGACCACUAAUCUUUUGAGAAAUCCAAGCAAACAGACAAAAUGAUGAAGACACUUCUGCUGCUCGCCUGCACUGUAUUCGUCUCGGGUUUUACGUUGAAAGGCACGGAUGCAAUGCAUAAGACUGUAUUAAAGGAGCUUGUUACUGAACUGGAAGCUGUGUUAGUCAAUCCCCCAAAAGAGACAAAGGCAAAAGAAGAAAUCUUCCUUGUAGAUCUGGGGAAAAAAGGAAGUGGCCUGAAGUGUGAGCAUGAUUAUUUCUGUCAGGCUGAGGAGGAGAUGGUGAAAAAGGUUUCUGGCCUGUCCGGUGUCAAAUUUGACCCUUUCCGUACCGACAAGAAACUAAUGAGGAAUUUAAACACUUACAACCACCAAGACGAGAAAAACUGCAAAAAAGAGAUCAGGAGUCACGCUGCUGAUGAAGACCUAGAAGAAAUCACUCUGGAUGUUUUCUUGAAAGAUCUCUUGAAGUGUGUCAAGAAUAUAAAUAGCCAAAAAAGCCCAAGACCAAGUUAAUUUAUGAAGGAUCAAUAUUUAUUUUUGCCUUUAUCUUAAAAUGUUCUACCUGAAGACAAUUUGAAAGAUAUCUAUAUAUUGUAUUCUUAAAUAUUGUCUGCUAUUUUUUAACUUAUAUUUUUGGCCUUUCAUGCCUUUAUUUGUGAAAAGAAAUCAAGGACAGAAAGACAAGCAUGCAGUGGUUAUGAUGUGUGUAAGUGUUAAGGCUAUCUCUGCCAUAAGGUCUGGUGGUUUUGUGUUUUUUUAAUGGUUUUUAUUAUUGUUAUUAUUUUGUGAACUACAGAUUUUCUGUGAGAACCUUUAUUUGUGAUCUGUUACUUGCUGUAAGCCAAAUAAAUUCAGAGCAUUACAAAGG